GAAUUUUGGAAAACUAAACGAAGAUGGCACCUGGGACGGGAUCAUGGGAGAUAUUUACAAAAACCGAACAGACAUCACCAUGCCUACGAUGGCGCGCUUCCCUGAGCGAGAGGAAAUAGCCGACCCUACCGUUCCUACGCAAUGGAUCUCCAUACUCAUCCUGGCUGGACGCACCGCAGCACGAAGUACAAACAUCUGGGGCUAUGUACUCGCUUUCGACGUACAGGUAUGGAUGCUGCUGCUGUGUUCUGUCGUGGUCCUACCUCCAGUGGCAGCUUUGCUGCAUUUCUACGCGUGUAAGAUGCGAAGACAACGGGCAUCAUUCUUCGGACUUGCAGUGACAUACUUCUGGCAGUUUUUCGAGAACAUGUUUUGCGAAGCGUCGGCAUGUCCACCCAGCGAGACAUCGGUGCGCGUGGUCAGCAGCGUGUGGUGGAUCGCCGUCAUGCUCCUGUUGAAUGCCUUCGCCAGCCUGAUGAGUGCCUGCCUCAUGGUGAAAUCUGAACAGGACAGGAUUCGCACCAUUGAAGACGUCGCCAACAGGCCCUAUCUCAUUCCCUACGUCGCCGGUGACACUGGCGCCUCGCGUUUGAUCCAGACCAUGAACGCACCUGCAUACAGGAAAGUAUGGAGCAUGAUACGCCGCCAUCAAAGUGAUAUCAAAAAUUUCUACGCGUUCCCAGAAAAGAUGCUCCUGGAAGUGGCCCAAGGAAAGGCAGUCAUCAUUCAUGCUGGUAUUCUCUCAAAGCACCAGGUGACAACAUUCUGUAAAAACAAGAGGCUCGGAGAGUAUUACUUCGCGGAUGAUUUCGUCGUCAACACCUGGCCGUUUGGCGUCUACUUGAACAGGAACCUCCCAAAAAAGUUGCGGAAAACCAUUAAAGACUUCGUAGUGCGGUACAUCGAAAGCGGCCUCAACGACUUUCAGCUGCGAUCCAACCAGCCGCCCUUGGAGACGUGUCUUCCACCAGAGCCAGAGAAAGCACUUCGCUUCACGGACAUGGUCUCCAUCUUUUACAUCUGGAUCGCCUGCUGUGGGCUCAGCACUCUGGCUUUUGUCCUGGAACUCCUCAUAGCUAAGGUUCUUGCUGGUACUGGACAGAGAGGACGCUAUCGCGGCAUGAAGUUUUAACUUCGUGCUAUUGGUAUCGAUUGAAAGUGAAGAUUAUAAUGCAAGAAAUGCAUGUAGACGUAAAAAGAAAUGGUAAUUAAAG